GAAGAUUGAGCCGCAACUGGUCCCUUUUUACCUUUCUUGAGACUGAUUUUCUUAGUUACCAUCACCUAAUGUUCUCUCUUAAGCAGCUCCCCCUAGUCGGUUCUUCGGUUUGCAGGAGGCUACUUUCGGGCUUCAGGAUUUGGGCCGAACCCCGCCGAAACAGAAAAUUCGGUGAAAAACCUGACAACCCGCCAGCCGUCAGUCGGGCUUUCGACUUUCGGGUGGUUACCGGAUUCCCACACCCCUACCGCCUAUUUCGUUUUUGCUUCACGAGGAAUCACUAUACAGUACACACUUCUUUGUUAAAAGAGGAAAGGAGCUAAGAAGAGAUAUUAUUGGAUCGGCAAUGUCCCCAUUUGAUUGAAUUAUGUAAGAGUCUGAUGGGGACACGGUGGUCCUAUAAGACUGCUGGAGGACCUCAAGGCUCAGGGAGGUAACCAAAAUGAAGCUCCGAAAGCUCAACCUCGUUUCUUCCAUUCUCAUUUCUUUCCUGGUUCUGUUAGCUGAGACGGCUCAGCCUCCAUUCGCUUGUGACUCCUCCAAUCCUAAAACCAAGUCCUAUGCCUUCUGCAAAACUACACUGCCCAUCAGCCAAAGAGUCCAAGACCUCAUCUCUAGGCUCACUUUGGAUGAGAAAAUAUCCCAACUUGUCAACGCCGCCCCUGCCAUUCCACGGCUGGGCAUCCCUGCCUACGUCUGGUGGUCAGAAGCCUUACAUGGCGUUGCCUUUGUCGCUAACGUCACCUCUGGCAUCAAUUUCGAUGGGAAAAUCCGAUCCGCCACCAGUUUUCCUCAAGUCAUUCUCACUGCUGCCUCCUUUGAUGCCAAUCUAUGGUACCGCAUUGCUCAAGCAAUUGGAAUAGAAGCCAGAGGAAUGUACAAUGCCGGGCAGGCACAGGGCAUGACAUUCUGGGCACCAAACAUCAACAUAUACAGGGAUCCACGGUGGGGAAGAGGGCAGGAAACGCCCGGUGAAGAUCCACUUCUCACCGGAAAAUAUGCAAUAUCAUAUGUCAGAGGGAUUCAGGGGGACUCUUUUGAAGGAGGGAAGCUCGGAGUUGCGGAUCACCUCCAGGCCUCAGCUUGUUGCAAGCAUUUUACCGCUUAUGAUCUGGAUAGUUGGAAGGGAAUUGGCCGAUUUGUCUUCGAUGCUCGUGUAAGUUUACAGGAUUUGGCAGAUACAUACCAGCCUCCAUUUGAGAGCUGCAUAAAGGAAGGGAGAGCCAGUGGGAUUAUGUGUGCUUAUAACCGUGUUAAUGGCGUCCCCAACUGUGCAGACUAUGACCUCUUGUCCAAAACAGCAAGAGGACAGUGGGGUUUCAACGGGUAUAUUGUCUCAGACUGUGAUGCAGUCUCCAUCAUAUAUGAGAAACAAAGAUAUGCAAAAUCACCAGAGGAUGCAGUUGCAGAUGUUCUUAAAGCUGGAAUGGAUGUGAACUGUGGAGACUAUCUGAAGAACUACACUGGAGCAGCUGUCAGAGAAAAGAAGCUUCCAGUGUCUGAGAUAGACAGAGCCCUUCACAAUCUAUUCUCUGUUAGAAUGAGGCUGGGGCUUUUUGAUGGCAACCCAGCUAAACUGCACUUUGGAAACAUUGGCAGGGAACAAGUCUGCUCCAAAGAACACCAGAACCUUGCCCUUGAGGCUGCUCGUGCUGGCAUUGUCCUCCUAAAGAACACUGACAAACUUCUGCCGCUCUCAAAAACAAGAACUAAAUCCCUUGCCAUAAUUGGCCCCAACGCCAAUGUAGCAGAAACACUUCAGGGAAACUACAAAGGCCCUCCUUGCAAAGCUGUUACACCAUUGCAAGCCUUGCAGAGAUAUAUCAAAAACACCAAGUAUGACCAAGGGUGUGACUCGGUUAACUGUUCUUCUGCUUUCAUCCAGGAAGCAGUGAAGAUAGCAAAAGAAGCAGACCAUGUUGUGUUAGUAAUGGGAUUGGAUCUAACUCAAGAAAGAGAAGAUUUUGAUCGUGAGAACUUGGUGCUUCCAGGAAAGCAGCAGGAGUUGAUUUCUGCCAUUGCAAGAGCUGCAAAGAAGCCAGUUAUUCUGGUGCUUCUUUGUGGAGGUCCAGUAGACAUAUCCUUUGCCAAGUAUGAUCAACAUAUUGGAAGUAUUUUAUGGGCUGGUUAUCCAGGAGAAGCAGGUGCACUUGCAUUAGCAGAAAUUAUCUUCGGUGAUCAUAACCCAGGAGGGAGAUUACCAGUUACCUGGUAUCCACAAAAUUUCACCAGGGUAAACAUGACAGACAUGCGAAUGCGUCCAGAACCAUCUUCAGGCUAUCCUGGACGCACUUAUAGAUUCUACCAAGGCCCCAAGGUUUUUGAGUUUGGCUUUGGUCUCAGUUACUCAAACUAUUCUUAUGAAUUCAUCUCUGUUUCCCAAACCAAGCUCUAUUUCAGUCAGCAUUCAAGGGAUCAUACAAGCAAGAACUCAGAAUCUAAGGGAUACAAAUUAGUGUCAGAGAUGAGUGCAGAACUCUGUCAGAAUGGGAAGUUUCAGGUCAAAGUCGGGGUAAAGAACCACGGAGAGAUGGCAGGCAAACAUCCAGUGUUGUUAUUUGUGAGGCAGGGUACGGUAGGAGAUGGGAGGCCCAAUAAAAGAUUGAUCGGAUUCCAGAGAAUAAAUCUAAAUGCUAGGGAGAGAGCUCAAGUUGAGUUUGAACUGAGCCCUUGUGAGCACCUAACUUGGGCUAACAAAGAUGGAUUGCUGGUGAUGGAUGAGGGAUCUAAUUUCUUGAUGGUGGGAGACCAAGAAUAUGAGAUUAGUAAUGGCAUCUGAUGAUCAAUGACUCCAAAAUACCAGGAUAUUUUCCAAUUGAUGGAUAAAAAUGUCCUCCAGUUUGUUUCAGCAGCCAUAUAUUAUAGGUUGCAAAUUUCAGAUUACUUGCUAAAUAAAAUACUACCCUAGCAGUUCAAGUCAUUUAUUGCAAAUUGAAGCUGUCCAAUUAUGCUGCCGCCAUCAUCAGCAACAACAAUUCUUUAGGAUGCAACUAUUGCCAUCUGCUUCUGAAUCUAUUAAUUUGCUGGCAUGAUAUCAAACAAAUUGAAAUCUAAGAU